CAGAAGCAGCAGAAGAAGACGCCUCUCGUUGGAGAUGGAGAACUGCUGAAAGUGCAGGAGCAGCGGCAGCACUCGCAGUGGAGGCGGCGCUCCCCUCCUCCUCCUCCUCCUCCUCCUCCUCCACCUCUUCCUCGCUCCGGUGGAUGCUGGAUGUAUCAUGAGGUCUCCGCGGCUCUGGGCGGCUCUGUGCCUCCUCCUCACCGCCUCCUGCCGGCUGUGCGCGGCCGCCCGACACGGUUGCUUGUUUGAGAAGAGGCUCUGUCCCAGAGAUCUGCUGUGCAACGAUGAUGGUUUGUUCGGACAGUGCCACGCUCCUCAUCAGGAGCCCGUCCAGUACCAGGUGUCUGUUCCAGUCCUGCACAAACUCCAGGAAGUCCUCAAAGACCUAAUGGUGCAAGGUCUGACGUGGAGGGAUGAAAUCACGCAGGCAAUCAUUAGCCGAGAGCUGAGUCACGUUCCCACCAUCGGCUCCUCCUCUAAAGUUCCAGAGAAAGCAUCCAAACAGGCCUCCAGACUGUCGGGCUCCACUCAGCAGAGGGUUCAGGGGCCCGAGGAACCAGCCGACCCUGAGAUGAUGCAACAGGUUGUGGACUACAUGAUCCUGGAUCCCUCCCAGUCCUCCGUGCACAUGCAGACGCCCCUGCUGGACCCGUACACCUACCACCAGCAGCAGUAUGGUUACCAAGAGGAGGAGGAACGCUCCCUCAACUCUCUGGAUGAUAAUCCAGCCUUCCCACUUGUCGCCUCUCGCCCCAGAUCCAGAGGAAACUUUAUGGACCAAGACCGUCAGCUUCUCCAAAACCUUGUGUCCUUUUACCUUACCUCCCCUUCCUCCUCCUCCUCCUCCUCUUCUUCUUCGUCCUCCUCCUCCUCUCCGUCCUCUUCCGUGCAGUCCCUCUCCCGUCACAGGGGAGCAGUGGCAGCAGCAGCAGCAGCAGCAGGUUUCCCCCCUCCGCUUUCCUCCUCCUCACCCUCAUCUUCAUCCUCCUCCUCCUUCUUCCCGGAGCUGGACUUCCCUCUGGACUACGGCGAAGACUACGUCUCCCAGAUGUCCCAGCUCAGCAAGCAGCAGCAGCAGGAGAAGACACAGAAGGAUUACAACACCCCAUCAGGACUGGAUGAGCACUCUCUGCAGAGACUGGCUCUGCUGCUCGAUCACUACGGCCUGGACAUGAAGGAUCUGUCCCCCGAGCAGAAAGACAACGUGCCUGCCGCUCUGAAGCAGCUGCAGCUGGACAGCUCCUACGCCCACAAACAAACCAAAGAUAAAUAUGGAAACGAUGGCACAGGAAGCGAGAUCACAGAGGGUUCAGUGGGCCAAAAGAUGGUCGCUCCCGAGGCUCAUCCCUCCACCGUCAAGUCCCCCAAAGCAGAGGGGCCCCAGAAAGAGAUGUCCCCUGCUGCGGCAUCCAACCAGGACAAAGUGGGGAAGAAGGAACUGGCAGCCAAGGCAGAGGAGUACGGCUACAUCGUCACCAACCAGAGCCCCCUCAGUCUGAACGACGGGGUGCGACUGCUGGAGCGGCUGUCGGAGAGGAUGGGCCUCUCCACCGGCUCCUUCAUCAACAUCAGCGUCGUCGGACCUGCCAUCACCUUCAGGAUCCGGCCCAACUCCAAGAACCUGACAGCUGGAGACAUGGCAAAGAGCGCAGUUGCAGAGAAGAACUUCCUGGAGUCAGAGACGGGCCUGAAGGUGCUACAGGGCGGCGUCGGAGAGAGGAAUGAUGGGAAAGCAUUGCCCCUGGCUACCCGAGUCCAGCCCGGGUCCCGCUGGGUGUUCGCCACGCUGGUGGCCAUGGCCUGCAUGGGCAGCAUCCUGGUGGCGACCAUGACCAUCGCCUGCCUGCGCCACCACGCCCACCGACUGGCGGCGAAGAAGCUCGGCCUGGGACCAGAGGGAGGAAGCUUCAGCCACCAGGAGUACCAGGACCUGUGUCGCCAGCACAUGGCCUCCAAAGGUGCCUUCGGACGCUUGGAAGCUGCCGCCCUGGGCGCCGUUGGGGGAGCAAGUGGAGGAGGCGCAGGAUCAGCCGGUGUUGGGGCAGGAGCGGGAGGAGCAGUGGGCUCUGGCGGCGCGGACUCGAGGGUGAGCAGCGUGUCAUCCCAGUUCAGCGACGGAGCCCAGCCCAGUCCCGGCUCCCACAGCAGCACGCCGUCAUGGUGCGAGGAGCCGGCACAGGCCAACAUGGACAUCUCCACGGGUCACAUGAUACUGGCCUACAUGGAGGACCACCUGAGGAACAAGGACCGUCUGAUGAAGGAGUGGGAGGCUCUGUGUUCCUACACGGCGGAGCCCAGCAUCGUCUCUGCGGCUCAGAGCGACGCCAACCCCAAGAAGAACCGCUGCCCCGACUCUGUGCCCUAUGAUCACUCCAGGGUCAAACUGAAAGAGAUCAACCCCUCGCGGUCCGACUACAUCAACGCCAGCACCAUAAUUGAGCACGACCCACGGAUGCCGGCCUACAUCGCCACCCAGGGCCCCCUGUCGCACACCAUCUCUGACUUCUGGCAGAUGGUCUGGGAGAACGGCUGCACCGUGAUCGUGAUGAUGACGGCUCUGGUGGAAGACGGAGAGAAACAGUGUGACCGCUACUGGCCUGAUGAAGGCUCGUCCCUCUACCACAUCUAUGAGGUGAACUUGGUGUCGGAACACAUCUGGUGCAACGACUUCUUGGUGAGAAGUUUCUACCUGAAGAACGUGCAGACCCAGGAGACCAGGACGCUCACCCAGUUCCACUUCCUCAGCUGGCCCGCUCAGGGCAUCCCCACCUCCACGCGGCCCCUGCUGGACUUCCGCAGACCAUCUGAGAAACUUCACAGCGAGCAAGCUCUUCCUCUGGUUUGUUCUGAGCAGCAGGACACGCUGGGCUUCGACGACGACCUGCAGCGCAUGUACGCCUCCAUCGUCGCCCACGGAAACACACGCGCACAAAAGCGCAAACUGUCGGAGGAGCGCUCCGUUCAGGAGGACCGGCCUGACACUGAAGAACAUGACCUCACGCCAUCCUUAGGUGUUGUGUCUGUCAGUGAAACGGCUGAGAGGGUUGGAGAACAGAGCCACAACCGGACAGAUGUGACUGGAGCCACAAUGGCUGAUGGAGCCACAGUCCAACAGUCUUUUGAUCAUCCAGCAGAGCGACCGUCCUCCAAACCAAAGAAGAAGAAAGUCGGACUGUUCCGAUGA